UUAAUUAGGUCUCAAUUCCCCAACCGAGCGCCUUAAUUAAACCCAACCUACUCUAAUCUAUUCGCUAAUCUACGCCGUGGAGUAUUAUACCCAUGGCCGCGCCCUCGCCCUCGCCCUCGCUGCCGCCGCCGCUGCUCGCGCUACUACGCUUCCCCAAUCCCCCCUGCUCGCCAUGGCAACGCCACCGCGCGCUCUGCGGACGCGAGUCACUGCCGCCGUGGCGUCUGUGGUUGCUGCGUGGCUGCUAGCUGCUGCUGGUGGUGGGGUGGCGGCGGCGGACCCGCCGCUCUCGCCCAAGGGUCUCAACUACGAAGUGGCGGCGCUGAUGGCGGUGAAGAGCCGGGUGCGGGACGAGAAAGGGGUGAUGGCCGGGUGGGACAUCAACUCCGUCGACCCAUGCACCUGGUCCAUGGUCGCCUGCUCCUCGGACGGAUUCGUCGUCUCGCUGCAGAUGGCGAACAACGGAUUGUCGGGGACGCUGUCGCCUAGCAUUGGGAACCUCAGCCACCUGCAGACAAUGUCACUACAGAAUAACAGAAUAUCAGGGGAAAUUCCUCCAGAGAUAGGGAAGCUGACCAAUCUGAACGCUCUUGAUCUUUCUGGUAACCAGUUUGUUGGUGAUAUCCCAAGUUCAUUGGGGCAGCUGACUCGACUAAAUUAUCUGCGCCUUGGUAGAAAUAACUUGUCUGGGCAGAUUCCUCUAGAUGUUGCAAAGCUUCCAGGUCUCACAUUCCUUGACUUAUCAUUCAACAAUUUAAGUGGCCCAGUUCCAAAAAUUUACGCACACGACUACAGUCUUGCAGGAAACAGGUUCCUUUGCAAUUCGUCAAUUGUACAUGGUUGCACGGAUCUGACAGUAGUGACUGAUGGGACAACUUACAGACAAGUGCAAAAAGCUAAGAACCAUCAUCAAUUAGCGCUGGCAAUUUCCUUAAGCGUCACCUGUGCCACAGUACUUGUUUUGUUGUUCAUAUAUUGGCUAAGUUAUUGCAGAUGGCGCUUGCCUUUUGCUUCUGCUGAUCAAGAUCUAGAAUUUGAGUUGGGCCAUCUCAAGCAUUUCUCAUUUCACGAGCUGCAAAGUGCAACCGACAAUUUUAAUUCAAAGAAUAUAUUAGGUCAAGGUGGUUUCGGUAUUGUUUAUAAAGGCUGUCUGAGAAAUGGACCUUUAGUGGCUGUAAAGAGGUUAAAAGAUCCUGAUGCUACCGGUGAAGUUCAAUUCCAAACAGAAGUUGAGUUGAUUGGCCUUGCUGUGCACAGGAAUCUCUUGCGCUUGUAUGGGUUUUGCAUGACCUCAAAAGAACGGUUGCUUGUAUAUCCAUACAUGCCAAAUGGCAGUGUUGCCGACCGCUUGAGAGAUUACCGUAAUGGAAAUCCAUCUCUUGAUUGGAGUAAGCGUAUGAGGAUUGCUCUUGGGGCUGCCAGGGGAUUACUCUACCUUCAUGAACAAUGCAAUCCUAAGAUCAUUCAUAGGGAUGUUAAAGCCGCAAAUAUAUUGCUCGAUGAAAGUUUCGAAGCAAUAGUUGGGGAUUUUGGAUUGGCUAAACUUCUUGACCGACAGGAAUCACAUGUUACUACUGCAGUUAGGGGCACUGUUGGAUAUAUUGCUCCAGAGUACCUCUCAACUGGACAGUCCUCAGAAAAGACUGAUGUUUAUGGGUUUGGUAUUCUUUUGUUGGAACUGAUUACUGGUCCUAAAACCUUGAGCAAUGGACAUGGACAGUCCCAGAAGGGGAUGAUUCUAGAUUGGGUUCGAGAACUAAAGGAGGAAAAGAAACUCGAUAAACUGGUUGACAGGGAUCUCAAAGAUUCAUUUGAUGUUGCUGAGUUGGAGUGUUCCGUUGAUGUGAUCCUUCAAUGUACGCAGACGAAUCCUAUUCUUCGCCCUAAGAUGUCAGAAGUUCUACAUGCUCUUGAAGCUAACGUCACGCUGGGAGAGAGCAGUGUCGAGUUGAAUAGAGAACCUCUUCCUUAUGGAGGCUCUUACAGUUUCUCUGUAAGACAUGAGGAUCCUCAUGAUUCAUCGUCCUUCAUAAUAGAGCCAAUUGAACUAUCUGGCCCUAGAUGAUAGCUGUUGUGGGUCUUUUGGGGAAAAAGAAGAUAAAAUUGUACAAAACAUGUAUAGUCUGGAUGUAUUUCUACUUGGAAAGAGUUUGCUGGGGGUUGCUGCACCUUAAAGACAAUUUUGAACGUGAAGAGCUGGGGAGAUCAUCACGGUUAUUUUGCCGCAUCCUCCGUCCAGUUCAAGUCUGUUUUACCCCAAGCUUUGUUUUGUAUUGUAUCAGUAACGAACUUGGUUCUUUUAAGAUAUGUAUGUGAUUUUAAUGAUUAAUGAUAAUAUAGUCAGUGAAACUAAUAUAUUUGUCAAGUAUAUGUUUUA